GCAAAAACUGAACAUCUGCGGAGCUGUUGCUGACAUUAUUUAAUCACCGGCUUGGUUCAUUAGGAUACCUUUGUAUCGCCAGUGACCUAAUGUUUUCCAUUCCACAUAAGAUAUGAGUGACUUCCGGUAUCUUCAGAGGGAGAGCACCCACGCAAGCGACGAUGAAAAGGCGGCUUAACGCAUGGACGAAGCCUUGGAAGCGCAAUUUGUGAUUCGGGAUUCGUUGGGGGAAAAGGAAAGGCUUGUUGUGACUCACCUCUGCAUGGAUAAUCAUGGAGAGCGACUACGCCACUACUUUUGAGAAUCCGCUGUACGGUGAAUUAAAAUAUUUCUACAAGAAGAUACAGGAGGCCUACAAUGAGCUGAUGGAGGACCUAACUCCCUACAGGGACGACCGAUUCUACAGGCUCGCCCCCAUGCGGCUAUACACGCUGUCCAAAAGACACUUUGUGUUGGUUUUCGUCUUUUUCUUGGCAUGUUUUGGAUUGACAGUCUUCAUAGGAAUAGCAGGCCCAGGAAUUAUAGAAAAGACUGAAUACCUUGCGCCCACAAGUACUGUAAAUGAUUCAAAGACUGGUCCCUUUCACUUACAGUCACCGCCACUGUCCACCUAUAAUCAGCAGCUAUGGCUGACCUGUGUGAUCCGAGUAGCCCACAGUAAAGUGGCAGACUUCAUCCAGAGCUUUGAGGUCAACGUUGAGCUGAAGGGAGUCAUGCAGGAUGCCAGCGUCAUGCACAUCAGUGACGAGGUGCACCAGAGGAAACGCACACUGCACUGUGGAGCUAUACCAAGUGGUUGUGAUGAGAUCAUCGUGAUGCACUUGGGCUACCUGAACUACACCCAGUACAAGAUCAGCGUCAUCCUGAAGGGCUUGGAGAAUCUCACAGACGAGAUCCAAGGUGUCACAUUUGUUUGGAAAAGGUACAACCCCUCCUUCUCCCAAGUGGAGAUCUGGUUCCGGUUUGUGUUUGUGGUCCUGACCUUCAUCGUCACGUGCAUGUUUGCCCACUCCCUAAGAAAGUUCUCCAUGAGGGAUUGGGGGAUUGAGCAAAAGUGGAUGUCGAUCUUGCUGCCCUUGUUAUUGCUUUACAAUGAUCCCUUCUUCCCGCUGUCCUUCCUGGUCAACAGCUGGUUCCCAGGCACCCUGGACGCCUUCUUCCAGGCCCUGUUCCUCUGUGCCCUGCUGCUCUUCUGGCUGUGUGUCUAUCACGGGAUACGCGUCCAGGGCGAGAGAAAAUGUUCGACAUUUUACAUUCCCAAGUUCCUCAUUGUGGGGCUGAUCUGGCUCUCAGCUGUAACCUUGGGUAUCUGGCAAACUGUAAAUGAGCUGCAGGACCCUACCUACAAUUACAAAGUAGACAUUGACAACUUUCAGGGCAUGAAGAUCUUCUUCCUGUUGGUGGUGAUACUGUAUAUUCUCUAUCUGGUGUUCCUGGUGGUGCGAGCCUGCUCGGAACUGAAGCACAUGCCUUACUCAGACUUACGGCUGAAGUUCCUGACGGCUCUGACAUUUGUUGUUCUCAUAAUAAGCAUGGUUAUACUGUACAUGAGGUUUGGAGCCAAAGCACUUCAAGACAACUUUGUAGCUGAGCUGUCGACUCAUUACCAGAACUCUGCUGAGUUCCUGUCCUUCUACGGACUACUCAACUUCUACUUGUACACAUUAGCCUUUGUGUACUCUCCCUCCAAGAAUGCAAUGUAUGACUCUCAACUGAAAGAUAACCCUGCCUUUUCCAUGUUGAAUGACUCUGACGACGAGGUUAUUUAUGGGAGCGACUAUGAGGAAAUGCCUUUACAAAAUGGGCGGGCCAUUAAAACCACUUCAAAGUACCAAGACGAAAGUGACAGUGACUAAUCCAUCCUGUGGGUUUUCUCCGCUUUUUGCCUAACCACCAGACUGUACAUCAGCAGAACCACGCCGUGUAAAUAUGGUUGUUGAAGAGGAUAUAAUAUAUAAAUAUAUAUUUUUAAACAAAGGAAACAAACAUGUUUUGUGUGAAUGUACAAGAGGGAAAACUAACCAGUGUAAAAGCCGAUUUUAUUCCCUCCUUUUUCCCCCCCUUACGACGGGAUUGACUGAAUGUAAAUGUAUCAUGUCCCCCCCUAUACAAUACAUGCAUUUGAGAUUUUACAUUUUCAACUGUAAUAACGGUUUACAGCUCAUUAACUCAUCGACGCACUCGGAAAUAACAAUGGUUAUGUCGUCCGGUUUGUGGUCGAGUUGGGACUAACCUGUUUAGAAAAACAUACUGUCUAAAAAUGUCAAGUUUCUGUUGCAGUUGAUCCUUGCAUCCCCAUUAAUUUUACUUUAGACCUUCUUUCUCCCAUUAUUGUACAUAUGUGCCAAAAACACAUCCUGCCUAUCCAAACCUAAUUAUUGAGGUUGAACUCCUCUCUGGUUGCUGUGCCAGAGUAUCUGAUUAAAUAUUGACAUUUUAUUUCAUUUUAUUUUGCCAAGAAGAACAUUUGUACAUCUAUGAUGUGGUGUAAAUGCUUAUUGUUUUUGUGUCGGAUCAUUCCUUUUUACCGACCCCACCUUCAGUUCAGCUCCUUAAUAUUGCAGACACCAGAACUUUAUUUAGGUCCUUUAUCCCCUUGAGAAAAAACUUUUAAAAAGUAACAUGUUUCUUCAGUAAUUAUCACAUUCCACCUUAAUGCACUUUUGAUUUGAGUGUUUCUUUUGUACUUUUGUGUAUAUCCGUCUCAAUGUUGCAUCCCUUGCUUUUGAUCAUGUAUGAAGGGUAAUUUCAGCGCUUUUAAUGUUUUACUGUGUACUUGUAUUUACAACACAUCAAGUCGAACACACUGUCUGACGUCACCUAUACCAUUUUGCCUACUCGAACACUAACUUCACUUUUACACCUUUUUCCUUCCAGACCAUAUACAACCAGUUUCUUUUGACAUGAGAUUUGAAAUGAUGGGUGCCUUUCCUUUUUUAUUUUGCACAGUAUUACUGCUUUGGGUUGUGUAUGACAUUUUUUUCCCACUGCAGAGGCAAAGCUUACUCUUUGGCUAUCUAUCCAUGUUUAACCAUGAAAACGAUGGCUGCUAGGCAUGAAAAUUUCGGGAGGAAAGGGACUACUAACCACCAAAUGAUGAAAGUCUUUGUGGUUUGUUUGGGCAGUUUAUAAAAAAACCAAAUCACUUGUAAAUACAAUGCUGUGAUGUCACUGUCAUUAAAGUUCCAUUUUAAAAGCGUAUCUGACAUUGAAUUUAACGCUGUGAAAGUCUCUGAAUUUCACUUUCUUGGUAAGUACUGCAAUGUAGGUUACAUUAAUUUAGGCAUAAGUGCCAGCAAUGCACCUGACCUAUAAGGAUGGGUUUGACAAUAACUCACAGUAUGUGUGUAUGUAUAGAAGUAUGUGUCUACAUACAGUUAUUCUCAAAAUAAUAGCAGUGCCUUUAUAAAGUUGAGUGAAAGUCAAAAUUCUUAAAUGAGCAAAAAUGCAUUGGGGACACCACACAUUCACUGCACAUUCUAUUUCAAAGCAAGAAAAUUAGGUAAAGUAAUUCGAUUGUAUAUUAUUUCAUAGAAAGUGAAGAAAUUUAAUGUUAAAAAAAAACAUUGUUGACAUGUCUUUAGAAACUCAAAAAUGUUCCAUACAAACUAACAAAUUCUUGAAAAUACAACUUUGCUGAGCAUCCUAAACUUAUAUUUUGUUGCAUGACAAUGGUUCUACGGUUUCCCAUCUGUGGGGCAUGGAAUUGAACAACGUCCGGCAACUGUCAAUUUUUUUGCAUUGAAAUACACAUAGAAUGUGCAGUCCCCAAUGCAUUUUUUGCUCAUGAAAGU